AUGGAUGCAGCAGAGUUUCGGCGCAGAGGGAGGGAGAUGGUGGACUACGUGGCUGACUACCUGGAGAACAUAGAACAGCGACCAGUGUAUCCAGAUGUGGAACCGGGUUAUCUUCGUUCCUUGAUUCCCACUGAGGCACCACUGGAGCCUGAGAGUUAUGAGGAUAUUAUGAAAGAUGUGGAGAGGGUGAUAUUGCCAGGGAUCACCCACUGGCACAGCCCACACUUUUUUGCCUACUUUCCAGCUGCUUCCUCUUACCCCGCCAUGCUGGCCGACAUGCUGUGUGGAGCCAUUGGCUGUAUUGGAUUCUCCUGGGCUGCCAGCCCAGCCUGUACAGAGUUGGAGACGGUGAUGUUAGAUUGGCUGGCGAAAAUGCUGCAACUGCCUGAGCAUUUUAUAGCUGGGACGCAUGGCCACGGAGGAGGUGUCAUCCAGGGCACAGCCAGUGAGGCAACCCUGGUGUCUUUGCUCGCUGCCCGCUGUAAAGUAAUCCGAUGGGUCCAGGCCUCAAACCCUGAAAAAUCAGAAAGUGAAAUCCUUUCCAAAGUGGUGGCGUACACCUCUGAGCAAGCUCAUUCCUCAGUUGAACGUGCUGCUCUGAUUGGAGGAGUACUGAUGAGACAGGUUCCUACAGACAACAGCUAUGCUGUCAGAGGAGACAUGCUUAAGAAGAUGGUGGAGGAGGACAAAGCUGCUGGACUCAUCCCUUUCUAUUUCUGUGCAACUCUCGGCACCACUUCAUCAUGUGCUUUUGAUCACAUCAACGAGCUGGGUCCCUUAUGUAAUGAGGAAAACAUGUGGAUGCACAUUGAUGCAGCGUAUGCUGGGAGCGCAUUUAUUUGUCCCGAAUUUAGGCAUUUGUUAAACGGCAUUGAGUUUGCAGACUCUUUCAACUUCAACCCACACAAAUGGCUUUUAAUCAAUUUUGACUGCUCUACAAUGUGGGUGAAGAAGAGAGCGGACAUUAUUGGUGCCUUCAAGGUGGAACCACUUUAUCUGAAACACGAAAACCAGGAGUCAGGGCUGAUCACAGACUAUAGGCAUUGGCAGAUUCCACUGGGAAGAAGAUUUCGAUCACUAAAGAUGUGGUUUGUCUUCCGUAUGUAUGGGCUCAAUGGCCUGCAGGCUCACAUACGCAAGCAUGUGGCCCUUGCCAAAGAAUUUGAGAGUCUUGUGCGAGCAGACAAGAGGUUUGAGAUCUGUGCAGAGGUUAUCCUGGGACUGGUCUGCUUCAGGCUCAAGGGCUCCAAUGAGUUGAACCAGAACUUGCUGGAAAGGAUCACCAAGAGCAAAAAGAUCCACAUGGUGCCUUGUCAGCUUGCCGGCCGCUUUGUCCUGCGCUUCGCCAUCUGCGCACGCAGUACAGAGUCGCGUCACAUCCAACGAGCAUGGCAGCACAUCACACAGCUGACCUUUGAGCUUUUGCAGGAGCCCAGUCAUUGACCAAUAUGCUUGAAAAGGGGCUGUCCACUCUGGUGCUCAAGUGAGGACCCAAGUUAGGACAAAAGGUUUAAUGUUGCAGGUGUAAAAUGUCAUAAAGGGAAUGAACAAUGAUUUCACUGCUCACUUAGCACUUAGUGUGUUUUCGGUUGGCCAAGUUAUCCAGUCUAGUAAGGCUAGUAAGCAGUGGUCUUAUUUUGAGGAUUUUUUUUAUUUUCCAAAUGAAUGUAUGUGAAAAUAACUUAUUACACAUCUAGAAACACCAAAAUGUGCAUCAAAGGAAAGGAUGCUGAUUCCAAAUAUUGCAUUUUCUCCAUUAACUCCACUGGCUUUGCUAUUAUCUCUCACUGUACGGAUUGUGUUAUUGUCCUCAUCAUAAUGCCCCCGCAGACUUGUCUUUACUGUCUAUGCUGCUUCUGUGUCUUCUGUGUAAACUUUAGUGUGGGGUGUAUUCAAGUUUUGGUUGGUUGGUUUAGGGUGUUUUUUCUGCACUGAAUGUACUACACAUUGUGUGUGUGUGUGAAUGAUUUUUUGAGUCCAUAUGUGUCUGCAAUUUUCUGUGGGUGCUCAUAUGGAAAUAGCUUUUUUAUGUGAAUGAAAUUAUGCUACUAUUGGGGCACACAGGACCACUAUUUAUUCUUUACUUAGCUUAUUCCAAAUAAUUUGAACUGUACAGGGAUACACAGAUUUAACAUAAUCACCCUAUACGUACAGUAUAUGAUUAUGUUUCUGUGUUCAGACAGAUAUGAUCAAAUGAGUAGAGUUAAAAGAAGAGGUUUAAAAUCUAAAAUGUAUACAUGGCGUAAAAAUAUUCUCUGUCUAACACUGAUUUGGUGCCAAUUAGGUAAUUCCAGUUUAGCAUUGGGUGUACCAGAAAUUCAAGAUCUUUCACACCCACCCACAUUAGUCUCUGAUCAUAUAUGUUUAGCUGUGAGAUUUAAGAUUUAUUUUUAAAACAUCUUCUCUGAUGUCUUUAGUGUAAUUAAGACAAGACUGGCCCAUUUGUCUGCCAAGAGGUAUUUAAAUCUGUGGUGUGACAAACCUUGUUGUUAAUUGAUGUGACUGUGUCAAAGUCAGCUGCUGUUACUAAUCAAGGUGUUUUGUCUUUGGCUUGGCCUUGUGCUGCAUGUAAAGGUAUGGGUUUAUUUUAAUAAAGUCUACAGUAGUCUG